AUGGCUGCGCUGGGUCUGGACGAUGAUGAGCUCAAGUCGGUGGAACAGAUCCUCUCGCGGCUGGCGCAGCUAUCGAACAGCAUCGGGAGCUUGAAGAUGGACGUGAUGAAGAGCCACCCACUCCCUCAUCCGGACUCGCUGCACGCCUCGGCGCAGAUCCUCCACCGCAACCUCGCGACGGUCCUCGAGUGCCUGAGCGAGAACGCGGAGCUCUUCACGCGCAUCGCGAUCCACCCGUCGACCAACUUCCCCGGCCGCGCGCAGGAGGGCGUGCUGACGCAGCUGCUGCGCAAGAAGCUCGAGCCCGACGUGGAGGAGCUGGUGGAGCAGGGCCGCGAGACGGCGCGGCGGGCGACGCCCGAGGGGCUCGCGGCGCUGCAGGCCAUCUGGGACGAGCUGCGCGCGUGGACGCAGACACGCAUCGCCGACUACGUGCGCGACGAGGCGGGCGACGCCUACACCAAGGAGGAGCGGGCGCAGGGCACCGAGACUGUGCGGACGGGCUUGCGGCGGGAUAUCGAGGAUGAGGACGAGGACGAGGACGAGGAGGACGAGGACGAGGAUGAAGACGGGGGCGGGAUGAUUGGCACUGCGACUGCGGCGGCGGCACCAGCGGGCAGUAACGACGCGCCCCUCCCGCCGGCGCAAGGACCGGAGAUUGAGACGCUACUGUGGUUUGGCGCGCGCGGUGACUUUGAGCUCCCGCGGAAUGUAGAGUACGAGCGCAAGGGAGCGGUGCUCAAGCGAGGCUUGGAGGGCAUCAAUAUCCCGCCGGAGCGGAUGGAUGGCGUGCUGCAGGCGGGCGGUUCCGCUGCGCAGCCGAUGCAACUGUAA